AUGCGGCGGUGUCGGGGCGCGGGGCUGGCGGCGCUGGCCGCGGUGCUGCUCGGACAGCUGUGGGUGUCGGCAGAUCGGUAUUCGAGCGCCCUGUGGCUCAGGCGGCCCCGGCGCCGGGACGCGGCCGUGUAUUACUGCGCGCUGGUGGCACGGGCAGAGGAGCCGGGGCUGCGGCCGGGCACGAACCGGGGCGGGCGGGGCCCGCAGGGGCCGGGGGCACAGCGCCGCCCGCGGCCAGCAGGGGGCGCUGCCGCUCCGCCCGCCGGGCCCCAGGCGGCUCCGCAGCUCCUUCAGUGCCCCGAGCCCGCGCACAGCGACAGCGCCCAGCCCGCCACGACCAUGGCUUUACUGUCAUUGAUCCUCGUGCUCGUGCAAAGCCUGAUCCAGUACCCCCAGCCAGCUGGGGAUGGGCUGGAUGAGGCCACGCACCAGCGAAUGCAGGAGCGCCAGGAGCUGCUGGAGCAGGAGAUGGCUCGCUUCAGGAGAAGGAGCCAUGACACCAGCAGCAGUGACAAGGACCAGAGCUCCUGCAAGAUGGUAGAUGUGAAAGGAAAAGAAAAGGAAGAAGUCACUGUUGAUGUACAGAAAGGUGGAGAAAAAAUUGAUGUCAUUGUGGAGGCGGACAACAGCAACAGUGGACAUGUCAUAGAAGGAAGUCCUGUGGCAGCAAAGGAAGGAGAGAACAAUGAUGCUAUCGAAGGCAACAAUGGUGCGAAGGUGAAGGAAGAAAGUGAUGUUAAGAGCAGUAAUGGCCAUGACUUAAAGAAGAAUGAAGGAUGGAGUGAUGGGAAUGCACCAGGAGAUAAUGCUGAAGGAAAUGAAGACGGAAAUGGCAAUGUUGCUGGAGAUCCGGAAGGUCACGAUGAAGGAAAUGACGGAGAAAACAAGGAUGAGCAGGUGGAGCAAGAAAAGAAUGAUGGAAAUGCUGCAACUAUGAAGGCUAGCAACAGUGAUGAUGUAAAUGAAGGUGAAGACAAUGUAGACAGCAAAGAAGAAUACACAGAUGUGAAGGAGCAGGAAAGCAGUGAUGCCAGUGAGAAAAGGAACAGUGAUUGGACUGGGCAGGAAAAUUGCAGCAAUAGUGGGAAUGAAGUAGACCAUAGUGGUGUUGCUGAAACUGAGGUAGAAAAUAAGGAAGUUAGAAAAGAGGAUGACAGUGAUGGAAGCAAGGAUGGUGUAAAUGUGGAGGGAAGCAAGAACGAAGAUAAAGAAGAAGUCGAAGAAGGUAACGUGGCUGCCAGAGAAAAAGAAGGCAGUGAUGGUGGCAAGGAACAAAGCAGAGGUGGUAGAAUUCAAGACAGAGAAGACACGCGAGAUGCUGGGAAUAAGGAAGGCAUCCUUUUAUUAGAUCGCAUACAGUGGCCUGUGGAGGACCUGGAGAGAGGUUGCUCAGUGAUAGCUGAGCUGAUGGAGAGCUUCAGGCGUGUCUUUGUGGACAGCGUGAGCAAUAGUUUCUACCCAGUGCCUCAGGAAGCCAUUGGGGUGGGCAGUGCCUUUGAGGGCUGGAGUCCCGGGGAUUGGGAUGGCGUGUACCGUGUGCUGGUCCCGCUGAAUCCCCCGCCAGGGCACGCCUUCCACCUAGAGCUGAACAGCGCAGGGCAGGUGGCAGCAAAGACCUUCAGUGUCCAUGUGGAGCUGGUGUGCAGGUGUGAGAGGGAGCAGCUGGGGGAGAAGCUGUUGUGCUUGCUGCACCACUCGCAGGAGGAAGUGUGGCAGAAGCAGAAGCGCAGCCUCCUGGAGACUCUCUGCACCGGCUCCUACCUGGAUGUGGAGAAAACCUGCCGCUGGUUCCGCCAGUUGGUGAGAUGCUCGUGGCUGCGUGUGCCUCAGUCCUGCUCAUGGCACUUGGUAUUUCAGCCCUGCAUCCGGUCCUGCCGAUUUGAGCUGAGCAGAGGCCAGAAGAGCCUGAUGGUGGAGAUGCUCUUGGGAGUGCGCCAAGGGGACUCUGACAUCUUUGUGAGCAGCCAGCCCACUGAGGCCAACUUCACUGCACGCACAGCGUGGGCUGAGACAUCUGCUGUGGCAGAGGUGAAGUUCUUCUGGCAUGUUGCAAGGCAGGUGCCGUGUGAGAGCUUGCACCUGAAAUGCCUGCAGGUCUUCACCCGCAUCCUGAGGGGCACAGGUUUCUCCAGCUCUACCUGGAAGACUGUGGUCAUGCACGUGUUGACCACCGUACCGCUGGACCGGUGGAGCAGGAGGGAAUUUGCACGGAGACUCUGGGACAUCAUGGCCUGCCUGCGCCACUGCCUCAAGUCAAAACGCCUGGAGCACUUUGUGCUAGGAAAUAAGAGACUUCCUGCAGAGAUCAGCUUGCCACCAGCAAUGAGAGGGGUCGAGCCACCCAACCUCUUUGAGCACCUGGCCCGAGAUCCGGCUGCCCACAGAGAGGCGAUGAAGGCUUACGGCCAGCUGCGAUUUCGCCUUUGGGUGCUGCUGUCCAGUCGCUGAGAGGAGUUCCCUGCACAGAGCUGUGCUGGGAGGGCUCACACCUUUGUCACUGGCAAUCCUGAAGCUGCUUUCCUGCUCCUGUGGAAGGAAGAUGCUGUGGCACAUGGAUUCCUUGUGCACUCGCACGUCUGCCUUGCCCUUCACCUUCCAGUUACAACUGUGCUGUUGCCUGAGUCUGUGAGGCAGAAACUGGCUCCA